AUGUCGUACGGGAAAACUCCGCGCCCUCGAGGGCGCCCUUGGCAUCCAACCGCGAGGCCCGGACGCGUUCGCCUCCGCGCCUCGCCUCGGCGGCCCGUGGAGAGGGCCGCUGCUGGCCUGCAGUGCCACUGGCGCGGCGAUCUUCGCUCGGCUCUGCUCCUGCGCGCGCUGCCGCCCGACCGCAGCAUCGCACAGUCGACCUGUAUCAUAAGUUGGAAGCUGGUGGUGGUGGUAGUCGUCGUACUCGUAGUUGUAAUGGUUGUAGUGGUUGUAGUCAGAGGAGAAGGAAGAAGGCGAGGGAAAUAG